GAUAGGAUAGGCACAGCAUCCCCCGUGAUAAUCACCUCAUAUACAACGUCAACUUUGAGAACCUGCACUGUUUCAGAAUGACAAUCCCCUCGCAUUGUCCCUGACCAGCCAUGUCGGACACGGCCAUUCCCACCACCAUCCCCACCAUCACCGAGAAAGAAAUCGCAGCCAUCCAAGAUGCGAUCCUCACUCGCACCUUGACCGGGAAGGGCAAAUACACGGCCCUAUGCCAGCGCUGGCUGGAAUCAUCUAUGACCGGUGGCAAGGCAUUUGUUCUGAGCUCAUGCACAUCGGCCCUCGAGAUUGCCGCCCUUCUGGCAGACCUUCAACCCGGAGAUGAAGUGAUCGUGCCAAGCUACACCUACGUCUCCACGGUUAAUGCCUUUGUCGUCCACGGGGCAGUGCCCGUCUUUGUCGACCUCGACGAUGCUACCAUGAACAUCGAUGCUCAGCUCAUCGAGGCGGCGAUCACACCCCGGACCAAAGCAAUCGUGCCGGUCCACUAUGCCGGGAUCGCCUGCGACAUGGAUACUAUCAUGGCCAUUGCCGACAAGCAUGACCUGCUGGUGGUUGAAGAUGCGGCCAUGGCCUGCGGAGGAACAUAUAAGGGCCGGGCUCUCGGGGCCAUCGGUCAUCUGGGCUGCAUCAGCUUCCAAGAGAAGAAAGUCUUCACCAGUGGAGGACAAGGCGGAGCCCUGCUCAUCAAUCAAGAAUCCCUGAUCCCCCGGGCAGAAACCAUCUACGAACACGGCACAAAUCGGGGACAGUUCCUGCGCGGUGAAGUCAACGUCUAUCACUGGCUAGACGUCGGCAUCAACGCUACCCUGAGCGAGAUCCAAGCCGCCUUUCUCUAUCCGCAGCUUCAAGCUGCCCCGGAGAUCCUGGCGCAUCGUCGCCACCUCUGGACACGCUAUCACCAACGCUUAAGACCUCUGGACCAAGCCGGGGUCAUCAAACUCCCCCGUCCCUCGAAGGAAGCCGUCCAUAACGCCGCCGUCUUCUGGCUCCGGCUCACAGACGCCUCUCGCCGGCCAGAAUUCAUCCGACACAUGGCAGCCGGGCAGGUCUGCACCCAGGCUCAAUUCGUGCCGUUGCAUUCUUCCCCGUUUGGCCAGCAGAUUGGGCGGUUUCAUGGUGAGGAUCGUGUGACUACACGCGCGGCAUCGGAGAUCGUCCUCCUUCCUUUAUAUUCGGAGCUGGAUGAGGAGCGUCAGGAGGUUGUUGUCCGGCGGGUUUUGAAGUUCUGGGAUGGUGGGAAGGGCGAGUGAAGUUAUCUUGGUUCUAGA